AUGAUGUUCACGAAACAACAAAAUAAGCUUGAUGAAGGAUAUGUUACAAUAAUUAAAAGAGAGGACGAAGACUAUGGCAGUUAUUAUCCGAAAGAUUGGUCAAAAGAUAGAGCGAAUAAUAAUAACGAGAUGAUAUUCCCUUCAGCUGGUGGUUUAUUUGAUAGAAUGUAUGGGUUUGACGAUAUAAAGGUUUCCCCUAGUAGUAUAGGUGGUUUUGGCAAUAACAGUGAUAAUGGUCGUCACAAUGGACACAAUGGUACAGAAAGUAAUAACAACAGCAAUAAUAACACGCUUAGAAAUUCACAGACAUUAUCUGUUCCAGGAAAAUCUGGAAUAAGCAGUGCAAGUGGGACUGGUAGUUCAAUUGCUGGUUCAAAUACUCCUGGUACUAUCCCAUCACCUCCUGGGUCUGCUAUUCUUCCACUAAAUGAGACUCCUUUGAUGACCCCACCUGUGAACCUAAUGGGAUUGACAUCGUCUAUGUUUGAUGACAGCUAUGGCCAUGCUUCUAGUUCUGCUGGCCAACUAAGCACUAGCGGUUCCACAUCAGUUUCCAGCUAUGGCCCUCCUAGUGGGUCAGCCCGACCAUCUAAUUCGACUCUUUUAGCAGUACCAAAGAACGGCGAUAAUUAUGGUCUUGAGAGUCCUAACAUAGCUGUUACAACACCUACUACUGGAAAUAUCAAUCAUCCGUUGUUCCUUGCUAAAGGCCAUUUUGAUCAUUCUAAUAUUCCUGAGAUGGCCAAACCAAUAUAUGGAGAUGUCGACGAUUUAGCUGAAGACCCUAUGUCAUGGGUGCCAUUAUUUUCUAACAACAAUGAAAUGCCAGUUGUUAAGAGAGAAGAAGAGGAAGAAGAAUAUGGUCCUACAGACACUUUCAAGAACACCAGUAAUAUUAAAAGUGACAACAACCUAAGUACCGAUAACAACAACCGCAUCAGAAAUACCAGCAAUAGUCAUACUCUGAAUACACCCAACAGCAAUAAUGUCAAUAUCAAUGGUUCAAAUGAUUCUAACGUCUCGCAAACGAAUACAAAUGAAAUCCUUCGUUUCUUGCUUGCUCAACCAAAUAGUGACGUGGUUCCUCAGCUUCGUAAUGUAUUUGAACAUCCACAGUAUGAAGGACAACAACAACUACCAUUACACAACACAAACACAUACUCAGAAAUGCCCCUAAUAACGACGCGUCAUUCUGCACCAGAUGUUUUAUUGACGAGUGACCACCCAUCAUCAUCGUCGUCAUCGGUAGUUUCUGGUGUGAAAGCCAUUUCCAAAAAGGACCUUAAACGAAUUAAGAACACUAUUGCAGCACGAAACUCCAGGAAACGAAAAGCUGACAAGAUGUCUAAAUUAGAAGAUCGAGUGCAGGAACUAGAGACAGAGAAUACCAAAUUACGGGGCCAUAUUGGAGAUCUAGUCAAACUGUUGUCUCAGGAUAAGAACAACAACCAACCAAAUUAG